UCCAAGUGAUCCAAGUGAUUCAGUUAUUUUUUUUAUUUUUUUUUAUUAAUAUAGUUAUUUUUGGAAUUAAAAAAAUAAAUAAAUUAAAGUUUUUUGCCCCUUAAAUGGACUGCAUCAUUUUCUAUGAGAUUGGUAUAUAUGGCUUAAUGCCCCAAAGCCCUCUACUUCAUUUUUCUUGAAUACCCACUUAUGAAAAUUAAUUCUGCGAUUGCUGGUUCGUUUGACCUACAGGAGAGAGGAUAUUAAACUAAUUGAGGACGGCAUCCUUCAUCAAGACUGUACAGAAACUUGUGAGGUGCACACAGCUUAUCACCUGUGAAAAGAUCGCUGAUAGAAUAUUGAUAUGCAGAACGCAGAACGUUUUAAAUUUUAAUCAACAUGUCGAACCAAGGAGAUGACUGCUAUUUCUUCUUCUACUCCACCUGCACUAAGGGGGACAGUUGCCCAUUUCGUCAUUGCGAGGCUGCCAUUGGGAAUGAGAUUGUUUGUAACUUGUGGCAAGAAGGGCGCUGUUUUCGUCAGGUCUGCAAAUACCGUCACAUGGCUAUUGACAAAAAACGGAGUGAAAUAGCUUGCUACUGGGAGAAUCAGGCUGCUGGUUGCCAAAAAGGCAACUGUGCCUUUCACCACUACAAGGGGCGCUUUGUAGAUGGAGUCUUCUUACCUCCCAGCAAGACCACCUUGCCGAAACCCGAACCUGCAGAGAUGGAACCCCAAGUCUCCCAGCACCAGAUGGCACCAAACAAGCUUCCUGUAGCCCCUACUCCACAGCUGCUUGGUGUAAAAAAAAUGGAAGCAACUGAGAGCGUUCCCAGCCCUACUCACCCACCAGUGGUGAUUAAUGCUGCGGAUGAUGAUGAAGAUGAUGAUGAUCAGUUUUCUGAGGAAGGAGAAGAGAUAAAAAAUUCAGGUCAGCAACACUUGUCACCAAGCAGCAACCAGGAAGUGCGUGUUACAUCUGCCAAAAAAACACCAACACCUAAAAAAGCCUACUUUGAAGGUGAUAAUUUGAACCUUGGCAUUAAGACCAUAGGCGAAAUAAAGUCCAAGAAGCAUAAACUACAAGAGUGUGUCCAGAAUGAUUCUAAAGUUGUUCCAAACCAUGUGGGUCCCUUGCCUAAUGAGACCAUUUCAGAAACGGUUUUACCCGUUGUAAGAACAGUCACUUUCUCAAACAAAGCAGAUCACUCCAAAAUACAACUGAGUUUGGCGCAGAGGUUAGGAAAGCGCUCAGUAUCUGGAUGUGAUAGUCCACUCGCUGUCUCUGAAGGAGAGUGUAUUCCCCCUGUGAAGAAAAGUCUCUCUGAAAGACUUGGGAAGAAUGUGGUGCCACCUAAAGGCAGUCAUGUGGCACGCCCAACAAAAGUUCACCGCUUAUUAAAGGAUCGUCUUGGGGUACCUGCUGAGAAGAACAGUGUGGAAACAGUUCCCCGACUGUUAAAGGAUCGACUGGGAUUGCCAGCCCAGCAGAACAGGGAUGAGACAGAGAAAACCUCCAACCAAACUACGGAUUUUCGCAUCAAGACUCUCCAAGAAAUCCGUCAAGAAAAAGCCAUCCUGAAGCAGGAACUCAAAGAACACCUCCCCAAGAGUGAGAAUCCUUGCAAUAUAAAACAAGAUGCAACAACCAAACAGCCUUCUGCCCUUGAGAUUAAGACCAUCUCUGAAAUAAAAUUACAAACGAGAAAGAGGCGGAUGGACGGAACGCAGAAGGAUGAAACUAAUGAAGAAAUGAAAGUGAUGUCACCACCCAUCAAACAAAUACGGGUCAAAACCCUGGAAGAGAUCCGCAGGGAGAAAGCAUUAAGACUUCAACAACAGACUGUGCAUACACAGAAAGAGCAGGUGACAUCCAGUCCUCCGCCUCCAAUUACUCGCAAGAGAGUACUGAGAAUCCCAAAACCUCCAGUUAUUGUAGACACCAUACCAACCACUGAAGGACCAACAGAACUUAAAGAAUGUGACUUUCAGGCUGGCCCUGAAAGGAACACUGUCACGAGUUCUGUCAUCGUGUCUAUGAAGCCACCUGCCGAGGAAGAGCAUAAGCUGAAGCGUCCCACUCAUCAACCUGACAUUGAGACAUUUCCUACGAACACCAUGUCAAUGACAUCCAAUGUGGAUAAACCCAAAGCUGAAAAGUUGUCAGAACCUGAGAAAAUACACGGAAUACCAAGAGUGAAUGUGGAACCAUGUGUUGUGAAGAAGUAUAAACCAGCUAAGAGUGCAGUGAAAAGAAAAUCAAAAGAGAGCCUGGUGGUAGCUGCUGUGAAGCCUCUCAGUCCGGUUUCUGCUAACUCUGAAGACGAGCAGAACCAAAACAAACCAUCCUUGAUUUUAACAGAAGCCACUCUUCUGGAAGAGCCUACUGUAAACAAGCCAUCACCAAAACGUCUCAGAGAAAGCUUGGAUCCUCCAGUCCCAGAGGCAAGCUGCCCCAGCACUACAUUGGACUCUCGAAGGGUCAGCACUGCUUCCACAGGCAAGCUUUCAUUAUCUGCAGAGGAUGACCUUGACAGUCUGAUUUGGGAGAUGUCGGAUGAGAAACUAGGGGAUGAAAUUGAUCUGUAUUCCAGCAAAAAUGAAGAUGACCUGUUACUUGAGUUAUCAGAAAUGAUUGACAACUAAGCACAAGUGGAGCAAGAUCUAGCCAUACACAAAAUCUGAUUAUCUUCAGGGAUACCAUAGACACAUCAGUUGCUGACUUCAGUCUGUCCUGGGGGACACGGGGAUAUGUAAAUAUUUUCUACUCAUCCAAACUCAAGAUCUGGACCUACAAUUGCCAGUUUUUUAACGUGGCAUCUUACUCGUUAAAAAAAAAAAAAAAAAAUUAAACUAGGAAAAAUCCAGCUGUCUUUGUAUUGUUUCAUUCGAUCUCAUCAUUUUUGCCCCCGCAGCUGACCUAAUGAUGCAUAUGAUUUCACAUAUGGUUCUCUUACUCAGGCGUUUUGCAGAAUUAAGGAACAAACUUAUUUUAAUGAUUUUAUAUUGGUCACAUGGUUAAAAAGAGACCUGUGCUUUGUGAGGAACUGGGAUAUCAUUUCUUCUGAGAAUUCGUCCAUGUGUCCUUUUUUGAUCACUUACUGAGAUUAAAAGCCAAAACCAAUCCAAAUCUUAGUGUCACUUACCCUGAAUAUGAAACUGUUGUGGCUGUUCUGACAUACAUUUGUAUACUACUGCCUCCCCUCUGUGGAACUACAUUGCAUUUGUACAAGACCCUAUAAAUGACUAUGUUGCCGGUGGCAGAAUUAUUUUAUUUUUACCUGUUUUUUUACUGUUAACAUAAUGUCCCCUUAUUUCAAAAUGUACAUUUAAUGGAUAAAAUAUCUCUAGAUAAAUAUUGAGUGGUUAUAGAAUAAGGAAUUUAACUAAAACUUAUUUUGUUUUUACUUUUUUUUUAACUUUUCAAGGAUCUUAUUUUGCAUAUAAAUAUACUGGUGCAGAUGAUGAUAUUAAUGCAAAUAUACUGGUGCAGAUGAUAUUAAUACAAAUGUAUACAUUUCCUUAAGAUGUACAGUAUGAUUUGAAAAAAGGACAUUCUGAGAUCUGUGCUUAAAAACAAAAAGUGUCUAUAGCAGAGACAUAUUUGAGUUCUUACCCAUCUAACUAAAUUGUAGUUGCCUUUUGUAGUUCCCAACCAUAAAUGCACUUUUAGAUUACUUUUGUUUAGGGGAUGUUCUGCCGUGUAAGAUAGUCAUUUACUGCCAACAGCUCUUGAAAUACAUAGGGUUGACCAAUCGUUGAUUUAACAUUUUUGGGUCAUUGAAUGUCUGUAUAUAUUUGUUUUUCAUAUUACUUCACUGAGUGUGUAUAUAUAUAUAUAUAUAUAAUAACAUUAUUUUACUUUAGAACCAUGGCAUUUGGAAAGUUACUUAAUACAAUUGCUCUCUCUAAGUUUGGGGGGGAUAACAUGUCAGAUUUCCAUGUGAUCAGUUAAGCCAAA